AUGAUUUCGUCAUUUCUUGAUCCAUCAACAUAUCGUUUCUUACCUUGUGAUGAUAAGAUAGAAGCAGAAACUAUUAUAAUCAAUGAAGCCAAAGCUCAUUAUGCACAAGUAAAUGCUAAUUCAUCAUCAUCAAAUCAAUCAUCAACUGUAACACCAAUAAAUAAAAAUGAACGACAAGAUAAUCAAUCAAUUUUUUUGCAAAAUUUAUUUAUUGCAUGUGGUUUUGAACCACAAACAACAACAUCAAUUUUCAAACCAUCAACAAUAAAAGAAGAACUUGCUCAAUAUGUUACAACAAUUAGUUCAUAUCAAAGUUUCAGUCAAUAUUGGUAUGAAAAGAAAGAUUGUUUACCUAUUCUGUCUUCAAUCGUUCGUAAAUACAACAUUAUGUGCUCAACGUCUAUUGACUGCGAAAGUAGUUUCAGUAUUGCUGGCUUUGUCCAGCGUAAAAAUAGAUCUAGUUUAUCUCCAUCUACUUUAAGAUACUCAAUGUUGUUACGUGAACAAAACAAAUAA